AUGCCUCUACUAAUGACUUGUAUUGUUGGUAAUUAUGUGAAAGCUUUCAUUACUCUGGUGUUGGUCCAUAUAUUGCCUUGGAUUCUAGAUGAUGAGUCUCCCCUUUUUGUAACGUUCAUUGCUGUGGAAUUGCUUGGUUUCAAUGCUGUUGUGUUUGGAGUGUUUUGCGGUACCGUAUAUGAAUCCACCGUUAGUGCUCUGAAAUUAGCGAUCGUGCUUUGGCUUAUACUUUUGUAUUUUGCCCUGCAAUCGCCGAGAAUUAACGGCAGAUACUGGCUUGUCAGCAUAUGUCACGCUAAUCCUAUUGCGGCAUUCAAGAACAUUUUUGAGGCUCUGCCCUAUUUUGAACUGAGAGGGACCCGCGUCACAAUAUCAACUUUAUACGCAUACACUGACGUGGUUACACCGGGUUCAUCGUUAAUUGCGUUAGCCAUAGAUGGGAUUUGUGUGAUAGGGAUAACAAUGAUAGUAGACAAUGUUGAAUGGUCUUACGUUAGAUCCAGAAUUGCUGCGCUGAUAAGGAGGAAAGAAUUGGAGCAAUUAAAAAGUCAAACUGAAAGACAUUCAUGGCAUCAAGACGAAGAAGUUCGUGAGGGAAAAGCCGACAUCGAUGCUGAAGAUGUAGCCAAAGUUUGGGAAACGAGCGGAGAAUUGUCUGUUUACAGAUUUGAAAUAAGGGCAUAUCCUGGAGAGGUCAGCAUCAUUCUUGGACAUCCGGGAGCG